AUGACUCACCACAUAGCAAAAAAGGAGCUUCGGAAACUUAUUAAAAGCAAUCUUCAUAAAACUAGUGCUGCUGAAAUCACGGCUCAAUCUCGCAAUGUGUUCAACAUUCUCAAGUCGCUUCCAGAAUAUCAAGCUGCUAAAAGCAUUGCUUGUUAUUUACAUAUGGACGAGCAUGAAAUAGAAACCAAUUUCAUUACUGAUGAUGCUUUCAAACAGGGAAAGCUUGUGUAUCUUCCAAGAAUUGUGGAUCUCCCUGAAAAGCACCAUGGGGUUUUAUUCAAGUCACAUAAAAAAGAGUUAAAUAUGCUUCAAGUUACAUCUCCAGAAGAUAUUUUAUCGUUAGUGCCACAUGGUCCUUACAAGUUGCGUGAGCCGCCGUUAGAAAGCCCCGAUGCUCUUUCAUUACAAGGUCUUGACAUAAUUGUUGUCCCUGGGCUUGGAUUCACUAAGAGAUGCCAUCGUAUAGGUCAUGGAAAGGGGUUUUACGACACUUAUAUUUCUAAAUAUACCAAAUGGUGCGCGGAAAACAACAAGGUCAAGCCAUUUUUGGUAGGAAUUGGAGCAAAGGAGCAGCUUGUAGAGUCUAUUCCUCAAGAAGAUCAUGAUCAUCCUCUAGAUGUUGUUAUUAUUGACGACCAACUGUUUAAAAAAGAGUAA